UCUCUUAUUUUCUGGCAUAAAACGACGACGCACUCCGAGCUGGCAAGAUUCCCUCCCCCUCCCCCACCUCCACCUACACCUCCACCGCUCCACCUCUUCCUCUUCUCUCUUAUCUCUCUCUUUCUCACCCAACCCUAGAUUUUCAACACACCCAACCCACCUCUUCAAUUUGGCAACUUUUGUGUACUUUCGUUUGAUUUCUUUAUUUUAUUUUGUGGGUUUUGAAUUUGUUUUAUGGGUUGUACCACCUCCAAGCUGGAUGAUCUACCAGCGGUGGCACUGUGCCGUGACCGCUGCAAAUACCUCGAUGAGGCAAUUGACCUGAGAUUUGCUUUUGCGGAGGCUCACGUCGCCUAUGUCCACUCGCUGAAGGUGAUUGGAGCUUCCUUGCAUAACUUUAUCGAGCAAGAUUUUGGUGGUGGAGCUGGGAAGUUUUUUCCGUCGCCGAAGCUCAAUCUUCCUCCGAAAAGAAAAGGAGAUCCGAUUGGUGAAGAGGGGGACAAUUCUCCACAUGGAAAAGCUCUUCAUUCCCACUCAAAUUCCGGCUCUCACCUCAAUUUCCAUUCGGAUUCUGAAGACGAUUCAGAUUCUCACUCGCUUCACCACUCUGGACACUCCUCUCCGUUACAUCACAUUCAAAUUGGAAACCACGUAGAUUACGAUAUGAUUCCGAACCAAGAGGCUAUGGAGUCGUAUCCUGGUGGAUUUCAGGGUGGGUUUACGCACAUGAACUACAUGAAGAAACAUACCACGCCGUCGGUUGUGUACCAGCAGAAACCUAUCAGUUCCGAGACUGUUUAUUACGGAGAAUCUUCUGCUUCUACCUCCUAUAGUCAGCAGUAUCCGUACUCUGCCCACAAUUCUAAUCAGUAUUCCGACUUUGGGUAUCCGAAUUAUGGAGGUGGCGGUAGCUAUUAUGGCUCGGCGGCUCCUCCGUACGGACCCUCUCCUCCUCGGAUGCAGGCAGAGGCUUCUUCUUCAAGGCCGCCACCGGCGCCCCCUUCUCCACCGAGAGCAUCAGCUUGGGAUUUCUUGAAUCCGUUCGAGGGCUAUGACAAGUAUUAUUCGGCAUACACGCCGAGUCGGGACUUGAAGGAAGUGAGGGAAGAAGAGGGGAUUCCUGAUUUGGAAGACGAGGCGUACCAACAUGAGGUUGUUAAGGAAGUACAUGUUGAUAAGAAGUUUGUUGCUGACGGUGGCCGGCCAAGGAAGCACUCUAAAUCGACAGUGGAAGACGAUGAGGAAGAUAAGGAGGUUGGCAGUGGUGGUGGGGAGGCAUCGCUUUACCAGACAAGACCUAGUGUUGAAAGCAGAGGGAUGGAGUAUGAGGUGCAUGUGGUGGAGAAGAAGGUUGUGGAUGAUGAGAGGUCUGAAGAGCAUGGCAAAGGUAGCAAUGCCGGUAGAGGUAGAGUGAGAGACGUGUCUGAGGUGGCAGUGGAAAUCAAAGCUCAGUUUGAGAGAGCAUCAGAGUCCGGCAAUGAGAUUGCGAAGAUUCUUGAAGUGGGAAAGCUUCCCUACCAGCGUAAACACACAGUCUCUUCCAAGAUGUUGCAUGCGGUUACUCUGUCAUUAUCAGUUGUAUCCUCACAACCAUCCACUUCCAAAGCUGUUGGGUCAUCAUCCUCCACUGACAAGGCUAGUCCUGCUUACUUAGAAAUUGAGGAUGAACUGGCAAUCAGGACAAAAAAUCUUUCCUCCACCCUGCAAAAGCUUUACCUUUGGGAGAAGAAACUGUAUACUGAAGUUAAGGCUGAGGAAAAGAUGCGGGUACUUCAUGACAGAAAAUGUAAAAGGCUGAAGCGUUUGGAUGAAAGAGGCGCUGAGGUUCAUAAGGUUGAUUCAACCCGUAGCUUAAUAAGAAGUCUAUCAACAAAAAUUAGAAUUGCAAUUCAAGUUGUUGACAAAAUUUCAGUGACCCUAAAUAAGAUUAGGGAUGAAGAGCUAUGGCCGCAGCUAAAUGAAUUAAUUAAAGGGUUAACUAGGAUGUGGCAAGGUAUGCUUGAAUGCCAUCAUACUCAGUCCCUAGCUGUGAGAGAGGCCAGAAAUUUAGGUCGCCUUGGUAGCAGCAAGAAGUUGGGUGAUGCUCACCUUGAAGCUACUUUGCGGCUUGAACACGAACUUCUAAACUGGACUUUUAGGUUCUCCAGUUGGAUUCGAGCUCAGAAAGGUUACGUGAGAGCCCUGAAUAACUGGCUUAUGAAAUGCCUUCUUAAUGAGCCAGAAGAGACAGAAGAUGGGAGACCACCCUUUUCACCUGGUAGAAUAGGAGCGCCCCCUGUGUUUGUGAUAUGUAACCAAUGGACCCAAGCUUUAGACAGGAUAUCUGAGAAGGAAGUGGUUCAGUCUAUGCGCACUUUUGCCUUGAGUGUGUUUCAGCUCUGGGAACAUGACAAGCUUGAAAUGCGGGAAAGAAUGAUGGCUAACAAGGAUCUAGAGAGGAAAGUAAGGAACUUGGAUAGGGAUGAUCAGCGGAUACAAAAGGAGAUUCAAGCAUUUGAUAAAAAAAUCAUUCUGGCUGAUGAUGGUAACAGUCUUUCGGUAUCUGGACAUGCCGUAUUUCAAAGUGAUGCUAGCAAUGGCAAUCUGCAGGGGAGUUUGCAAAGCAUUUUUGAGGCCAUGGAGAGAUUCACGGCUGACUCCAAGAAAGCAUAUGAGGAACUCUUGCAACGCAGUGAAGAAGAAAUGCAUGCUCAAGAAAGUGAGAGUGACUCAUAGGGCUUUGUCUUGAAAUGUUAUCUCAAUAUACGUGGCUUGUAGCGUCAUCAAGAUAUUCUAGACUGUGUGGAUGUUCUCGAAUCACGACGUUACAUCACAACAUGGAGAUCAACAAUAGGCUUGGUCGGAAACUGGGCUUGGUUGUAUAUAUGUGAACUCCCCACUGCUUAGCCCCAUUGUGGACCGCUCAGCUGGGUGCUUGUUUUCUGCCUGGAGAAAGUCUCUUGUGCCUAAGACAAAAUGUUGAGCGCUAACUCAGCAGUGUAACAGAUCUCGGGGCAAAACUACUGCAUUGGUGGAACUAUAUUUGACAAGGUGAAGGGCAGGAGGAAAGAGAUGGUCAUGCUGAUAUACCAUCAGAUUAGCCACCUUAUUUAUUUGAUGAUGCAGAUUCUGAAGCCAAUGCUGGAUUACUGGGCGAGCUUGGACAUCAUGCCCACAAAUAACUCAAUUCGUAGCUCAAACCGCGCCCCUGAAGCACUUGUGCUUGUUCUCAAGAGGUUUAGAGAUUGAAAGCAUGCUUCUGCAGAUGAAAGGGUACAGGGAAACUGAAAAGUGAAAAACUCAGCUUCAAAGAUUCACAGAAUGUGCAGAUUUCUUCCAAGUUUUGUAGGUUAAUUGGGCUGUUUAAAAGUGACGCAAGUCAUCAACUAACCCAAACAUCUGAUGUUGUAUAAUAAAAUAAUUAGGCUUCCUUUAUUCAUUUAUAUGUCUAAUUUAUAUUUAAAAUGCUGUACAGGCUACAAUGAUCUUUUUAGAUCCUAAGGAAAUUGUAAGCAACCCCCAAUCCAAUCAGGAGAUAGGAAUGAGCCAAAUUCUAUCUUCUUAAAUACAGCUCGAAUUUUAGUUA